GAGAAGCCACACUGAGCAUGGCUUGUAGCGCCUAGCCCGAUGUGUCCGACAAUAAUAUAAAAGCCGGCUAGAUUCUGGAGCUGAAGUUAGUUGUCUUUGGUGUGAGCAGCUUUUAACCAAAAAAACUAAAUAUUUUUUGGAAAUUCAAUUCGAAACUUUCAAAACAUUAACAACAUGAAACUCUUCAUUGCCGCCCUCGUUGUUGCCUCCAUGGCCAUCGCUGCCGUUUCGGCUGAUGAUAAAUACACCACCAAAUACGACAACGUCGAUGUCGAUGAAAUCUUGAAAUCCGACCGUCUCUUCAAAAACUACUACAACUGUCUGAUCGAUCAGGGCAAAUGUACGCCCGAUGCCCGUGAAUUGAAGAAAUCCCUACCCGAUGCCCUCAAAACCGAAUGCUCCAAGUGCAGUGAGAAACAGAGACAAAACUCCGACAAGGUGUUGCGCUACAUCAUCGACAACAAACCCGAAGAAUGGAAGGUAUUGCAGGCCAAAUACGAUCCCGAACAGACCUACUACAACAAAUACAAGAUUGAGGCCCAGAAGCGUGGCAUCAAAAUCUAAAUUCCAUGCCAUUUCCACACCCCCCCCAACCAUCCACC